GCGAGGUUUGCAGUGCAAGUAUACGAAUCCCGGUCAACGUUCUUCAAGACUUCAAGCUCGUCUUGACUCGCGCUUUUCGUAGCACGACACUCAGACUGAGCAUAGGUACUUACGUCGCGUCUUACCCGCCAGUUCAUAACCUCUUUCCGGCUUUCUAAAACGCAUCAAAAAUGGUUCGCAUAUCAGUAUUGAACGACUGUCUCAAUAACAUCGUCAAUGCUGAGCGCCGUGGCAAGCGCCAGGUGCUUAUUCGACCCUCAUCUAAGGUCAUUGUCAAAUUCCUCAGUGUUAUGCAACGUCAUGGCUACAUCGGUGAAUUCGAAAUCAUCGAUGACCAUCGGUCAGGCAAGAUUGUCAUACAGCUGAAUGGACGUUUAAAUAAGACUGGUGUUAUAUCGCCGCGGUUUAACGUCCAAGUAACCCAAAUUGAGUCUUGGGUUAACUUACUCCUUCCUGCCCGUGGCUUUGGCAUCAUUAUCUUGACCACCUCUUCAGGAAUCCUCGACCACGAGGAAGCUCGUCGCAAGAACGUUGGUGGCAAGCUGUUGGGCUAUGUUUACUAGUUACCUUGCUCAUUAUGUUUAUGUCGUACUAUGCCGUGAACCCAAAAAUACAUGCUCGUUUGUUGAGCCCAAUGAGCCCGC